ACCUAAAAGAACUAGAUCUAACGGUGUUGCAGGAACCUAUACACUUUCUUCUAGAGGUUGUUUCAAUCCUAAUCCAGUUUUUACUAAAGACCCUAUUCCGGGUUUUACUGAAGACCCUAAUACGGAACCAGUAUCAUCAACAAGUUAUUUACCAUCUGGUUCCAAUAGAGGAAAUGCACCUAAUCCUGGUACACAGGAGGAUCCUUCACCUAAUUUUGGUACACAGAGCAAACCAGUUCCAAAUCCUGAUUCACAAGGAAAACAUUCUCCUAAUCCUGAUAAACAAGAGAAACCUGCACCUAAUCCUGGUUCACCUGAGAGAUCUUCAAAUGAUCAAACACCUAUUCCAAGUUUCUCAGAAGAACCCUAA